AAGAGCGUCACACUUCUUACAGCACAGCAGUGAACGGAGGACUCCAGACUUCUGACCUCUAGAAUAAGGAGAGACUGAUUUCUGAUCGUCUCCGUCCCAGAACUGGCUCUUCUCCUCAGAUAAACACCUGCCCUGCAAUGCCAGCCACUGGACCCUCAGAUCCAAAGUCGGAGGAUUACUCCACUGCUAUUCUGAAGCAGAAGAUUCGACCGAAUCGACUCAUCGUGGAUGAAGCCAACAAUGAGGACAACAGUAUUGUCUGCCUGUCACAGGUUAAAAUGGAGGAACUGCAGCUGUUUCGUGGAGACACGGUGGUGUUACGCGGUCGUAAGCGGAGACAGACGGUCUGCAUCAUUCUCACAGACGACACAUGUGGCAAUGAGCGUGUGCGCAUGAACAGAGUGACCCGCAACAACCUGCGUGUGCGCCUCGGUGACGUCAUCAGCAUCAACGCUUGUCCAGAUGUGAAAUAUGGGAAGCGCAUCCAUGUUCUGCCCAUUGAUGACACUAUCGAGGGGCUAACAGGCAACCUGUUUGAGGUUUUUCUAAAGCCGUAUUUCCUGGAGGCCUACCGGCCUGUUCACAAAGGUGAUAUUUUCCUGGUCAGAGGAGGCAUGAGAGCAGUGGAGUUUAAAGUCGUAGAAACAGACCCCUCCCCACACUGCAUCGUUGCCCCAGAUACCAUCGUCCACUGUGAAGGAGAACCAAUCAAACGAGAGGAUGAGGAGGAGAGUCUGAAUGACAUCGGGUAUGAUGACAUCGGGGGGUGUCGUAAACAGCUGGCUCAGAUUAAAGAGAUGGUGGAGCUGCCUCUCAGGCACCCCGGCCUGUUCAAAGCCAUCGGAGUGAAGCCUCCGAGAGGAAUUCUGCUGUACGGUCCACCCGGGACGGGCAAGACGCUGGUGGCUCGUGCUGUUGCUAAUGAGACAGGAGCUUUCUUCUUUCUCAUCAAUGGUCCUGAAAUCAUGAGUAAACUGGCAGGGGAGUCUGAGAGCAACCUGAGAAAAGCUUUCGAGGAGGCCGAGAAAAAUGCCCCUGCUAUCAUCUUCAUCGAUGAGCUGGAUGCAAUCGCUCCGAAACGAGAAAAGACUCAUGGCGAGGUUGAGCGGAGGAUUGUCUCUCAGCUGCUCACACUGAUGGAUGGCCUGAAACAACGGGUUCAUGUUGUAGUCAUGGCAGCCACUAACAGACCCAACAGUGUGGAUCCUGCUCUUCGGCGUUUUGGUCGUUUUGAUCGAGAGAUUGACAUUGGCAUCCCUGAUUCCACCGGCAGGCUGGAAAUUUUACAAAUUCACACCAAGAACAUGAAACUGUCGGACGAUGUGGACCUGGAAAAGAUCGCCGCUGAAACACACGGGCAUGUGGGAGCGGAUCUGGCUGCUCUGUGUUCAGAGGCAGCACUGCAGGCCAUCCGCAAAAAGAUGAUCUUAAUUGAUCUGGAGGAUGACAGCAUCGACGCAGACCUUCUCAACUCACUGGCCGUCACCAUGGAUGACUUCAAUUGGGCUCUAAGUCAGAGUAACCCAUCUGCUCUGAGAGAGACGUUGGUGGAGGUUCCUCAGGUAAACUGGGAGGACAUUGGAGGACUUGAAGAGGUGAAGCGAGAGUUACAGGAGCUUGUCCAGUAUCCUGUUGAGUAUCCUGAUAAAUUUCUGAAGUUUGGGAUGACUCCAUCUCGAGGGGUUUUGUUCUAUGGUCCACCUGGUUGCGGCAAAACCCUACUAGCCAAAGCCAUUGCCAAUGAGUGCCAGGCUAACUUUGUGUCAAUUAAAGGCCCAGAGCUACUCACCAUGUGGUUUGGUGAAUCAGAGGCAAAUGUCAGAGAUGUGUUCGACAAGGCGCGGCAGGCGGCCCCAUGUAUUCUGUUCUUUGAUGAGCUGGACUCUAUUGCUAAAGCACGCGGUGGCGGGGCUGGAGAUGCAGGAGGUGCGGCUGACAGGGUCAUCAACCAGAUCUUGACAGAAAUGGAUGGAAUGACCAAUAAGAAGAACGUCUUUAUCAUUGGGGCCACCAACAGGCCUGAUAUCAUUGAUCCUGCAAUCCUGAGGCCUGGACGUUUGGAUCAAUUGAUUUACAUCCCUCUACCUGACAUGGCCUCCCGCUCUGCCAUCCUGCGCGCCAACCUCCGCAAGUCUCCUAUCGCUAAGGACGUAGACCUGGCGUAUCUGUCCCGUAUAACAGAGGGAUUCUCAGGAGCAGACCUGACUGAGAUCUGUCAGAGGGCCUGUAAGCUUGCUAUAAGAGAAUCUAUAGAAGCAGAGCUCCGUACUGAGAGACAGCGCCAAGCCAAGAAAGAGACUGCUAUGGAUGAUGAUUAUGACCCGGUGCCUGAGAUCAGGAAGGAUCAUUUUGAGGAAGCCAUGAGAUUUGCCCGUCGCUCUGUCAGUGAUAAUGACAUACGCAAGUAUGAGAUGUUUGCUCAGACGCUUCAGCAAAGCCGUGGGUUCGGGAACUUCAGGUUUCCUACAGCACCUCAGUCAGGUGGAGGUCAGGGGUCAGGCCAAGGCUCGGGGGGUAAUUUCAGAGAUGAGGGAGACGAUGAUCUCUAUCAGUAAUCAAAGUCAAGUGUCUUCUACCAGCCCGACACCUGGUGUGUGCGACAGUGAGAGAAGAAAUUAAAUUCACUUUCAACUGGAUUCGGCACAUUAUGAUUAUUAAUAAUGAAGAAUAAUCAAUAUCAAUAUUAAUCUCUUAUAGUCCUGCCAGAGAAAUUCAAUUGAAUGCCUAUUAUUCUUAUAUUAAAUUAUAAGAUGAUGCUGUUAAAUAUAUGUGUUGAUGUGAAAUGCGUGCCUGACUGUACUAAAGAAAAUGUCAUGUCCCUGAAGCUAUAGAAGUACAGAAGUUAUAAGAGGCCAUGGGAUGUGAUUCUUUUUCUUUCUUGUUUUCUCGUGAUCAAGCCUAAAUUUUCUCGUGAUCUCGACAUAACAAGAGUCGUUUUUUGUUUUUCUACAAUGAUUGUUUGAUUUUUAAAACGAUGCGUAGUGAGCCUACUGUUGCUAUGGUACUUUGAUGUGCAUCUGUUGUGGAUAUUUCAGCAAGUUUAACAUGUCUUAGUAAUAAAGUCUACAAUUAAAUAAACAUAGGCUAAUCACUGAUGAUAUUUUUCCACAGACAGUAUGCUAAAUAUUUUGUUUGUUUGAUUAAUAUUGUUAAAAUGGUCAACGUGAUCAAUGCUGCAAACACAGGCAGAGUGCCUUCAGAAGGAUGCAGAGCUAUUUUAAAAUCUUUUAGAGCUGCUUGGAUUCAAAUCACUUUGUUUUCCUUUUAUUUGAAAUAAAAUUAUAUAUAAUUUG